GGGGCAUUGCCGCCGCCUUCUCCGGCGCCGCCCGGGAACUACCGCCCGCGGCAGCCGCUGCCUGGCCGCGAGCAUGGCGGCUCCCUUGGUGCUGGUGGUGCUGGUGGCCGUGACGGUCCGCGCUGCUCUCUACCGCUCCAGCCUCGCCGCUUUCAUCUCCGAGCGGGUGGAGGUGUCGUCCCCGUUAAACGCCUGGAAGCGAGUGGUGGAAGGCUUAGCUCUGCUGGACCUGGGGGUCUCGCCCUACGCCGGAGCUGUUUUCCAUGAGACCCCUCUGGUCAUAUAUCUCUUCCACUUCCUGAUUGAGUAUGCUGAGAUGGUGUUCAUGAUAACUGACGUGCUGACUGCUGUUGCCCUUUACUUGGCCAUCCAGGACUUCAACAAAGUCGUGUUCAAAAAGCAAAAGCUCCUGAUAGAGCUGGAUAAGUACGCCCCAGAUGUGGCCGAGCUCAUCCAGACGCCCAUGGAGAUGCACUACACCCCCCUCAAGGUAGCACUGUUCUACCUGUUGAACCCUUACACUGUGAUGUCUUGUGUGGCCAAGUCCACCUGCGCCAUCAACAACACUGUCAUUGCCUUCUUCAUUUUAGCUACAAUAAAAGGUAGUGCCUUCCUCAGCGCUGUGUUCCUGGCCUUAGCAACGUACCAAUCCCUCUACCCUCUCACACUGUUUGCUCCAGCACUCCUUUACCUUCUGCAGCGCCAGUUCAUACCAGUCAAGCUGAAGAGCAAAGGCUUCUGGCUCUACACCGUGCAGUAUGCAGCCCUCUACCUCUGCAGCCUGGUGGUGAUCAUCUGCCUCUCCUUCUUCCUCCUCAACUCCUGGGAUUUUAUCCCAGCUGUGUAUGGGUUUAUCCUCUCCGUGCCGGAUCUGACUCCCAACAUUGGCCUCUUCUGGUACUUCUUUGCAGAGAUGUUUGAGCACUUCAGCCUGUUCUUUGUCUGCGUGUUCCAAAUCAAUGCCUUCUUCUACACCAUUCCCUUGGCAAUAAAGCUCAAGGACCAUCCUGUGUUCUUCCUGUUUGUCCAGAUUGCAAUCAUUUCUGUCUUCAAGUCCUACCCCACCGUGGGAGACAUUGCACUGUACAUGGCCUUCCUGCCGGUCUGGAGCCACCUCUACCGCUUUCUGCGGAACAUCUUCAUCCCGUCCUGUCUGCUCAUUGUCUGCUCCGUCCUCUUCCCUGUCCUCUGGCACCUAUGGAUUUAUUCAGGAAGUGCCAACUCCAAUUUCUACUAUGCCAUCACUUUGACUUUCAACGUAGGGCAGAUCCAGCUCAUCUCCGACUACUUCUAUGCCUUCCUGCGCCGCGAGUACUACCUCAGCCACGGGCUGCACCUCACCAGGCAGGACGGCACAGAGGCCAUGCUGGUGCUCAAAUAAGGAUGGUGCCCACCACUCCCUGGCACCUGCAUCACUCCGAGGAACAUGCAAAAGCUUGGGGGGGGUGAGGGGUGGGUGGGGAAGGCUCCCUGGCGGAGGUGUGACUCUGGGAAUGAUACCUCCUGAAGGGCAAGGCCGAGGCUCUGGGAAUACCCUCCCGAGCUGAGGGCUCGGCGCAGACUCUGGGACCUACAGGAGGGAGCUGCAGGACCUCCCUUGGAGCAUUCCCUCCCCAGCUCUGCUUUCACUGCAGCCUCAGCCAUCGACUCUGGGCAGUCCAGCAGGAACUGGAGGAAGUGUCUGAGCUAAACCCAGGGCUGAACCUCUGUCCCAGAAAGAGCUCAGAUCAUAAACUGUUCACUUUGCUCUCCCAGGCCUCUUGGAGAUGUUUGCUUCUCCUGGGCACGUCCCCUCCACUGCUUUGCCCAAUACUGCUCCUGCUAGACACAAGGCAGCCUCUGGGCAGCUGGUGCCUAAGCCCUGCCUGCAGAUCCCACUUCUUGGCUCUCCUGCUGCCCUGAGAUCUGCUCAGGCAGAGUGAGUGCUUCUGAAGCAAAGGAUGGGCUGACUAAGGCUGGAGGCUCUGUUGGAAGGAGGAAGCUGAAGCUGCUGCCCCUCGGCACUCAGACAGUACACAGCAGUGGCAGUGUGGUGGGAGCAGGGGCAGGGCAGGUGCUGGGCCACUGCUGUAUGCCCUUGGAGCAGCACAGACACUGCAGCAGGAGCUGCACAGAGGCAGGGCAGGGUCUCAGGAGGAGCUGUGGAGGUGGAGUCCUGCCGCUCCCUGUCUGCAGGGUAGCAAAGCUUGGCAGUGCAGGGCUCACACUGGCAUCGCUUGGGGCAGCAGCCUGGACGUGGAGCAAGUGGAAGCUGCUUGGCUGGGCUGGGCAGCAGGGGGUGUCAGUCUCCCUGUUAAGGCUCCAGACUGCAUCCAGAGGCAGCCUCAGCUGCCGCUGUUAGGGAGUUGUUGGGCUCCAGGUGCUCCACAGCCAUCUAGCACCGUGGGCUCUGCUCUUCCCCGGGCUGCCCCCUGCAAGCACAGUGCUGGUACCUCUUGGCUGUGCCCAGAGGACCCUCUUAAAGCCCUACCCCUUGGCUCCCCCAAGGCUCUGUGCUCAAACCUGCUCACUUCAGAGGUGCUGCUGACCCUGGCAAUGUGAACUGCCAGGAAGUAUCCCCCAGACUGGCAUCACUGUGGUGGCACUGGAGGUGGUAGCCAUGCUGGGAAAGCCUGGGGCAGCAGGGAGCCAACUUCCCACUGAUGCCAAGGGAAAUCCGAAGGGCUGUGAAUGUGACAAUGUCAAAACCACCUGGCACAAGGCAGCAGGGAGGGCUGUGCCCAGGCAGUCUUUUCCCUCUGGACACUGCCUUAGUGCACUGCUGUUGGCGCUUUGGGGUGCUGGGGGAGCCCAGUGCAGCCCCUGCAGUGGCAGCCUGGUGCCUGCAGGCAAGGCAGGGCUGCUUCAUGCUGCCAGCUGCGGGCAUGGCAAGGGGCAUAAUAAACUCUGCGAGGUUUACAA